CAUCCACUAUAUCCACUCUUAUCGGCUCUGCUGCAACUUUGCGAACUGGCCACCGCUCAGCCCGACUCUCCGCCACCACCGGAUGCAUUUUAUGCUGAUCUGCGUGCCUUUAUACAGAGAAGGGAAGCGGCUGCAUGGGCCGCCGAGGAAGGGCUUAACGCAAUUGCUUCGCCAACACCUUCAGCCACCGCUCUUGAGGACUAUCAACGUUUACGGGGGGACUUAGCCGGAGGCACAGGCGGCACUACGGGAAGCAGCGGUGGCAAAGGGUCAUCAGUUCACGUAAGGCCCGGCCGUCCACCUGGCAGGAAGUCGGGACUAUCUCGGUCCUCUCGACAGAACUCGAAUGGUCUUGAUGAGGGCCGUCCAACUCCUGGACGUCGGAGUGCAGCAUCUGCAGCUGCUACCAAAAACUCCGGCAGCCAUGGCAGCAGCCUCACCGGAGGUGGUUGUGGCGAUGGUGUCAGUGGAGCCGGACAGGCAGACGGGCGUCGACGUUGUAUUCGCGAGUCCUCAUCUAUACCGUCUGAAGCGUCUAUCUGCUCCAUCACUGCCAGCACCACCGCCACUGGCAACAGCCCAACUUCUUCCAGCUAUCCGACUGCUAAUUCUGCCAACAAAACGAGGCAGUCAAUCGCGUCUGGCUCAGCCAAUUCAUUGACUCUAAUAAUGCAGGGUUGUCUGGAUGAGGAAAAGACAGCCCCAGGUCUGUCGAUGCCGGUCACCACUUGUAGCAAUCGAGGCAACGUGUCGAUGCAGACGGCCAUAGUUGAACCCGAAGAGCCAGUGGACCGGUUUGAGGAGGAAGAUGCUUUUGCGGAUGGGUCAGAGGUCACGGGAUCAAGUGGCACACAGUUGGGCCGAAAGAAAUUGCAACUCUUCGUUAACAAUCAUCAUUUAGACGAAUUGGUUAGUCUUAAUGUUGGCUGCUUCUUCGGUAUAUUCCUGUCCACAUUGGGCAUCCCCUGGUUGGGCGGUACUCUUGAAAAAAUCUAUCAUAAUGCUAUCGGUUUAAACGAGCUUUAUUCUGGAAAUAUGGAAUCAAAGGCAAUGCUGAUAUACUCUCCGAGGUAA